CUGGGAUAUUACCAUCCGUUUUUGAGUUAGAAUCGAAAUAUCUAGCAUUCUAGCAGCUGAUAUCAUAAACUCGGAGCCGAACCUUGCAAGACGCUACGGCCCCGGCGUUGGCCCUGCCUUUCCGUCGACCCUGCUUGCCUCCAUCAUCUGUCUUGAGUUCGAAUCGGCAUAGGCUGUUUGUAUGGUGCUCGACAGAUCGAGUACAUUAUGACUUCGAGUCGGUCGUAAGCUGUGGGAUGUAGCCGAGGUCUUAACUCGUAUACGAUAUACGAUCUGUUCUGCCUUGCCCUUGCACGACGAGAUGGCCGGACCCGAUCGUCUCUCCGGCCUGUGCGACGACCUACUCGUCUCCAUCAUCUCCUUGCUCCCCACCUGUGAGGCUGCCCGCACCGCUGCACUCUCCCGGCGAUGGCGCCCGCUCUGGCCACGCACUGGCACCCUCAACUUGGACACCAGGUGCUACGGCAGCCAACACUCCUCGUCCUGGAUGUGCAACCACGGCCAGGAGGUCAAGGACCGGCUACGCUCCGACUCCCGCGCCGCCCUCAGCGUGCCUGGCCGAGGCCCCGUCAGGAAGCUCUCGCUGUUCGUCGAGGGACUGGACAACAAGUACUGUAGGGACGUCAUGGGCAAAUCCCUGCUCAAGUCCCUGCUCGCCGUCCCGGCGCUGCGGCACAUUGAGGAGCUACGCGUCGGCUUCGAGCUCACCAAAAAGCUGCGGUUCACCUACAACCUGCGGCCUGCCACGUGGCAUGCUCCGUGUGCUGGACCUCGCCUGCUGCAACCUCAAGCUGCCACGGCGUGGCGGUGGCGGUGACGACGCCAUGUCGUUCCCACACCUCUCCUCGCUGCGGCUAUACAAGUGCGUGUCGCCGAUCAAGAGCCUCCAGCGCUUGCUCUGUGCCGCGCCGAGCCUCCGCAGCCUGCACAUCGAGAGCCACGACUACAGCUUCUGCGGCUCCGACCGCAGCCGUCUCGCCCUGCGCUUCCCAGCCCUUAGCUCGCUCACGCUAGU